AUGGAAAUCAACCAUUUUUCUUCCACUCAUGAUUCUCUAGAACAACUUCUGUCCCAAAACAAACAACAUAGUUUCUCUGAAAUGGAACCGUUGGAAGAGAUUAACAAUCCUCCAACAAAGGGGAAUGAAAAAGUACCAAACAUGUUCAACAAUCAAGAAUUUGAAGUUGGUAACUUCAUGUUAGAAGAUACCAGCCUCGACCCUUUUCAAGAAACUACAUCAACAUGGCCAAAGAAUCAUAAUCACAAAGUUUCAACUCCAAAGCCUUUACAAAACAAUACUCAGAUGCCGCUAUCUUUAUCGUCCUUAGAGAUUCUGAGAAACCAUGGGAGAAGAUUCAUGAAGUUAAGUGAGAAAAACAUAGUCAACACUAAAACAUGUUUGGAUUCGGAACUACAUCAAAAGAUGUCAACAGAAGGAAUAAUAAGAGUAGCUGGAGCAAGGUAUACUCAACACUCUUCUUCUCAUUGGAGUGAAAGCUCUUGCAUCCAAACUCAUCCUUAUGGAUUUGAUCUUCAUGGUUUAUCCGAGGAAGACAGUCGAGAUAUUGAACUUGCACAGUUUCUGUUUUCAGCUGCUGAAAGGGUGAGUUUUCAACAAUAUGAACGUGCGAAAAAGUUACUUUUUUACUGUCAAUGGAAUUCAUCUUUCACAGGAAACUCGGUUCAAAGAAUCGUCUUUCAUUUUUCUCAAGCACUUCAAGAGAGAAUAGAGAAAGAAACAGGAGGAAUGAUUAAAGGGUCAGAGAAAAAUGAAGAAAGUGAGUUACUUGGGAAGAUGGAUACCAAAAAAGCACUUGUGUGUCAUCAGAAAAUCCCUUUUAAUCAAGUUAUGCAAUUCAUUGGUAUACAAGCUAUAGUUGAACAUGUUGUGUUUGAGACUAAAAUACACCUAAUAGAUUUUGAUCUAAGAAGUGGUGUCCAGUGUAUAACAUUGAUGCAAGCAUUGGCUGACAGAAAAGGUUGCAUGGUUGAGAUUUUUAAGGUAACAACAAUUGGAUUCAACUCAUGCAAGAACAAGAUUGAAGAAACAGGUAAAAACUUAGCUAGUUUUGCUGAAUCAUUGAACUUUCCCUUUUUGUUUAAAGCUGUUUUGGUAGAAGAUAUGUUAGAGAUCAAAGAAGAUGAUUUCGAAAUCGAAGAGGAUGAAGCUGUUGCUGUUUACUCUCCGUAUUUUCUAAGAAAUUUGAUUUCAAGACAAGAUUGUAUGGAAAAUUUGAUGAGAGUAUUGAGAUGUAUCAAACCAUCUAUAAUGAUUGUCCUUGAGAUUGAAGCAAGUCAUAAUUCACCGUCUUUCGUGAACCGAUUCGUCGAGGCGUUGUUCUUCUACUCGGCUUUUUUCGAUAUCGUUGAGACGUGCAUGAGCGAGGAGGACGAAUGUAGAAUGAUAAUAGAAGGAAUAUUAUCUGCAGGGAUAAGAAAUAUUGUUGCAACAGAAGGUAGUGAAAGGAAUGUUAGAAAUGUGAAAAUUGAUGUUUGGAGAAGGUUCUUUGCAAGGUAUAGAAUGGUUGAAACUAGGUUUAGUGAGGCAUGUCUUUACCAAGGUGAAUUGGUUGUUAAAGAGUUUGAUUAUGGGAAGUUUUGUAAUGUGGAAAAGAAUGGGAAGUGUUUGAUUUUGGGAUGGAAGGGGACUCCAAUGCAUUCAAUUUCAGCUUGGAGGUUUCUUUGA